ACCCCUCAGAAGCUAUCUCCUUGUGCAUAUUGCCAGAAUCGCUUGACAAGGCAUCGCUCGCUUUGCAAACAGUUAGAGCCGCGUCGUUGGUCAGCGCACAUCUGCACUGACCGCGGCUGUACAUCACCAUGUACAAACGCGGCAGUGCACGUCUGGUGAACCAGCUGCUGAACCAGCAGGCGCACGCUGGCCAGGCCGAAGUCCUUCUCAGCGGAGCGCUGAAGCAGUGCGAAACGGCCUCGCGCGACACCUCUCAGGAUGAGGGCUUCUUCGCGCUGCUGUUCCAGCGUGCCAUGGGCAGCAAUGCUUCCCAGAAAGGCUUCGAGAACUUUGCCCCCGAGUCGGGGGGCGGCGGCAAGCAGGCGCCCAAACGAUCGAAAGCGGAGCCCAGCAACGGGGGAGGCGGCGGCAACCAGAACCACAACGAGGGCGGGGGUUUGGAGAGCGUGCGCGCGUACGGCGCUGGUUCGGGCGGUCGGCCUGGUUUACUUGGAGCCGGCGACGGCGGCGGUGCGGGUUGGGCGGGCACAGGUAUGCACGCCAGCGGGCAGGAUGCGGAGCGCCAACAGCGCGAUCAGCAGCAGCAGGGUGCGGGUGCAGAUGCGCCGCCGGCUCCAAGGCGGCUGGUGGAUAGCGCAGCCAAGCUGCUGCCGGAGCUCUCUGACGACGACGGCGUCGUGUGGAAGCUGACAUACGGCGACCGCGUAAUGACGUACGUGGAUGCGGCGGGGGUGGUGGACCGCAUCCGCUCGUGGGCUGAAGCGGCCUUGAGGGCCGCGGUUAACCGACGCCGGGCAAAUGCCCCCGCGCCCUUGCUGGUCUCGGGGCUCAUCAAGACGGGCAAGUCCUACAACCUGGAGCACGUCGUGCCCGCGGUCGUGGCGGAGGCGCUGUGCAAGCAGCAGCAGCAGGCGGGGCAGCAACAGCAACAGCAGACGGACCAGGCGGAGGAUGGCGGCGGGGAGGCGCCCCUGCUGGCGGGCAUGAUAGUCCUGCGGCUGAGGGGCGACAAGUUGGUUCGUAAGGGGGGAGCCACGGCAAUGCUCAAGAGCCUGCUCAACUUGCUGCUCGAGUGGGCGCGCAAGGAGCACGUGCCCAUGCGGGCGGGUGCGCUGGCGGCUGCAGAGGCUGCGCUGGCGCGGCCCGACCUAGGCUUGCCCAGCAUGCCCGGCGAGGCCAUCUUCACUUUCCUCAAGGCAGUGGAGGUGCCGGUGCUGGUGCUGUGCGACGAGGUGCAAAGCCUGUUCUCGCCGACCAUCGGCGACAAGCUGGACGCUGUCGGGGCCGGGUACAUGCGCGACGCAUUCGUGAAGGAGCUGCUGGUGUACGGCCCCCACACCGUGCUGUGGUGCCUGACUGGCUCAGACAUGGCACAGACCUGGGUCAACAUCGGCAACAUGCCCCCCAACGGCUACGCGCUCAUCACCCACGUCUGCGCCACCCACCUGCCGUCGACCUACAGCGCCGCGCACAUAAAUUGCGUAUGGCAGCAGCUGCAGCAGGACAGCGGUCCUGAUGUGCCGCUGGACCGCCGGCUGCUGGAGCUCUGCCCGCGGUCAAUAGCGCUCCUGACGGUCCUGGUGAGCGCCUGGGUCGACGACGGACGCCCCAGUGACGUGGACGCCUUCGUGCAGGAGUUCAUGCGGUCCAAGCUCAUGGACGAGUUAUGCAGGGAAUGGAAGCCUUGCCUGGAGGCCAUGGCGCUGUCGCAGCGGCUUGCAAUCCUGGACCUGUCGCUUCCGGCCGUGGGGGCGCGGAUCAUUACAGAGCUGCACUCCGGCCUGCGACACUACCUGGCGCCGCACCUGGAGAAGCGGGCGGACGGCCGCUACUUCCUCCGCGACUCGUACCAGCGUCAGAUUGUGCGGUUCCUGUUCACCAAAGAAGGUGAAUUGUGUGAAAAUGUGCGAAAGGCGCUGCGGGACAGCUGGAGCGAGCUGGAGUUCAGCGCGACCCUAACGCAGCUGGACGGCGGGUGGAACCUCUUCUACCUGGGCGAGGCCGCCGACUACCUGCUCGGUGCCAGCGCCAGCCGCCGUCAGUGGCAGAGCAAGGAGCCGCCGGCUGAAAUGAAGGAGUUCGAGGCCAAGCUGCAGGCCAUUGCCGACGACGUCGCGGUCAAGCUGCUGGCGGCAGGGGCGGCGGCAGGAGGCGACCAGCAGCAGCAGCCGGGCGGCGGCGCGGCGCUGGGCCCCCAGGAGCUGUGGGAGCGGCAGCUCUGGUUCCAGGAGGUGCUGAACUCGAAAUGGAACAGCAUCGACCGCGAAACAUAUACGAAGAACAAGCAAACGCGGAGCACGCACCUGGCCAUGCUUGUCCUCUACCUGCGGCUGAGCCGCAACGCUCUUGGUCAUACGAAGCCGUGGGAUCGGGAGGCCGACUCCAGGCUGGAUGUGGGCGUGGUUGAGGCGCUGCCCGGCGUGCUGGGCCAGUCCCUCUUUGCCUUCAACGAGGCCAUGGUGGGGGCGCUGCGGCUGCUGUCGCGCCCGACCGUGCAAGCCGCCGCUGCGGCGUUUGCGGCGGAGCUGUCAGGCGGCGGGGGCGAAGGCAGCAUUAAUGAGGGCUCGGGCGAGGACGACAGCAGCAGCGGCGGUGACCUGAACAGCGACGCACGCGGAAGCAGUGGCACAGACGGCGCCGGCAGCACCAGCAGCGGCGAUGGGUGUGGCAGAAGCAGCAACGUCGCUGGGGCGGGGCGCAGCAGCGCGGAGGCGCGGCGCCAGGGCGGUGCCUGAUUAGUGCGCGCCUUCGCGCCCGGCGGGACCAGCGGUGGCAGCGUGUGGUCAGCGCCCGCCGCUGGUGUACGCCACCGGCGGCCGUCGUGGGGGUGGGGCAAGAGUGGACCGCGGGCACACACACUCGCGCCGCGCCUGCACGUACGGCUUCACCUCUUUGCAUCAGCAGCCGCGGCGGCGGUGGGGCCGCGGCUACCCUGCUGGCGAUGAGGGCGCCUGUGCGUGCCGGCCGCUGCCGCUGCCGAUACCCGACCGGUACCGGCUGUGCGCGGCGGUCAGUGGCCAAGUGCGGGGCCCAUUGGCUCAGUAACUUGGCGGGUAGAGCGCUGUGUUUGGCAGUGGGCUCAUCUUCUUCAUUAAUGUGCAGUGGAAACACGUGUUGGUGUGCACAGCAAGCUACUGUAUAAAUAAACUCAGCUUCGCCGCCACAACCGUAAGAAGCUAGCUCCAUGCGUUUGUUGAAGCUUGGAUGGAAGCGUGGGCACGUGGUUCUGUUAGGUAAGCGACCAUAUUGAAUACCGGCAGGGUGACAUACAUACUGUGUGCGCGUUUGGUGCUGUUAGGCCUGUUGAUGCUCGGGAACUUUCAAACAAUUUGAUCACAGAACUGCAAUCCGAUGCUCAUUUCGCACUGACAGCGGAUCACACCGCGCGGGAUGUUUGCAGACAUAGCCAAAGAAGCGGAAAUGACCAAUAUAGGAGGGUCAGCAGGGCGGAACGGUGAAGCCAGUGCAUUUUAGCGCUGCGUGUUCAAGACUGCGGGGUUAACUCGUAGCGGGCCGUGUGUGUGUGCGUGUGUGUGUGUGUGUGUGUGUGUGUGUGUGUGUGUGUGUGUGUUAAAGAAAACGAAAGCCCGCUUAACGUGUGCGUGUGUGUGUGUGGGGGGGGGGGGGUUAUGUGCGCACAAACGUACCUGUCCCUGUCCGUGUCAGUUUCAACCUUUGCCCCCGCAGGAAGCAUGUACGGUACACUUGUGUGAACUUUGGUUGAUGUGUGCUCCAACAGUUGUGGGCAUGUGCCAGGGGCUGCGGGUCCCUUUCUGUGGACUGUAGUACGGUCGCCGGGCCAGGGCAGGCUAGGACUGAGAGCAGGCAUGGCUGUGUGUCGCGGAGGUCGCUAUGUGAAGAUGGGCACCGCGUCAAUGUCCGCAGGUGCAUCCAGCAAUUGCAUGGCAUGCAAAACUUCAUAGCCAUUGAUGUGCGGCGUAGAAAUUUGGGACGCAGGUGGAGACGUGUGGACGUAUGGUCUGCGCAAUUUAGUGGAAAAGGCGCUGAGAAAGCUGAACAUGCAUUUCCGUUGAGGAGAGGAAGCAGGCGGAGGAGUUGCUUCCUACAACAGCUUCUGCGGCGGGUAGCUGCCAUGGACGCGGGCAGGCGGGCUGUGUGGAUUGCAGGGAGCAUGGAUUGCGGCAAGCGACGCCGGGGCGGUGUUGUGAGAAGUUUGUAACAGGGUUGAGGC